CUCACCCAAGCAGGCGGCUCAACUUCAUCGCGCGCUGAAUUCGCCAUAACUGGAAGUGAGGAAAGCUGAGGUUAGGGCUCACUGAGUGCCUCUAGCUGGGUAAGUCAGGAUGGGAGACAAGCCGAUCUGGGAACAAAUAGGAUCCAGCUUUGUACAACAUUACUAUCACCUGUUUGACACAGACAGAACUCAGCUUGGUUCAAUAUAUAUUGAUGCAUCAUGCCUUACGUGGGAGGGACAGCAAUUCCAGGGAAAAGCAGCGAUCGUUGAGAAACUCUCUAGCCUACCCUUUACAAAAAUAGCCCACAGCAUAACAGCACAAGAUCACCAGCCCACUCCUGAUGGCUGCAUAAUGAGUAUGGUAGUAGGACAACUAAAAGCAGAUGACGACCCUGUCAUGGGAUUCCAUCAGAGCUUUAUCCUGAAGAGUAUUAAUGAUGCAUGGGUAUGCACCAAUGACAUGUUCCGACUGGCAAUACACAACUUUGGCUAAGAAGCACCAUGGCUGUUGGGGAAAUGGGGGAAGGUGGAGAGUGGGGCUCAUUGCCCCCUGUGAUGCCUGAACCUCUCAGUCUGGCCUUCGUUCAUCUUUGAGAUUCAGCACCGGAUUCCAAUAAGUCAAAUCACAGAUAACAUGCAGGCACACACGGUAGCGCCUCCAGAAACGAUACGUGUUUCUUUGCUGAAAGCCUACAUAUCUAUCAAACUGACCCCCUUUUUUCCCCUGCUGAUGUGCAUGAUGAUCGAGCUAAAUAUCAGAGGACACUGACCUGGGAAAGAAGACAUAUUAACCUAACCUCUGCCAGUUACUGUUAUUCACAUUUUAGUUGUUGAGUUUGAAUUAAAAUUUCUAACUCUCUUGAUUGUCUUUCAUUGCUUUAGUGCCUAGUUUGUUUUCAGCUUGCUUUUAGAAUAUGUUCCUUCACAUUGAACUAUUUCUGGGUUUUUUCGUUUUGUUUUCUUCUCCCUCUUUUUGGAGCAUCCGUUCAUUGUGAUGUCAGUUUAUUCCAGCUAUCCAAAGAAACAUACCUGUAAACAGCACUCAAGAUUUCCCUACCCUCCCUUCAGACUGUUGUGCUUCCCACCUUCUGCUCAUUGCUUUCUGUGACUAUUACCAAGCCACAAUAUACAAUAAAACCUUUGACUUUUUCUUAA